AUGGCGCUACCUCACGCUAGCGAAUAUCAUGAGAUGGUGUUUGCCUCCCUGCCAAAUGAUGAGACUAAUGUAGUUGGGUGGAUGGAUAUGAAAAGGAUCACUAUAUUCAGGUGCCACAUGUGCGGACGGGUCUACACGGACCCGGGCGCGCUGGAUCAGCACGAGGAGAAGCACGAGUUGGAAGAGGAGGCAGACAGAAGGGAAGGAAUAUGGGGCGUAGGAGACAAUGGUGUGGUGUUGGUGGGCAACGGCCGCCUCCCCAUCCUUGUGCUCAGGCUGCCGCAAGGCACCCUUUAUAUCACUUGA